CCGUUAUCAAUUUUUAACCGGGGAAGGGUUCACAUACCUGGAACCUUGAUACACAAAAAGAGAUAGCAAUCCAACCCAACAAGAACUUUCUACGCGCUUUUAAUUUGGAAUAGUUUGUCCGCACUGGAAACGUAUAAUAUGUUAAGUGUCGUUUUGAUCAACGGCACUUUUAUCGCAGGGUUUGUGUGCAUCUUUUACCUACUCUACCUAGAAAAUUUCAUCGUUCCACAAAUAAUUUCCUCGCCAUUUUUUAAAUCUUUGAAUUCUUUAAUGAAUAACAAAACCGGCAUCGCGGAAACGAUAAAAUUGCUUGACCUGACUGCGAUGGCGCUCACAGAAGGUGGAUCAAGCAAAUUUGAUGAGCUUUACGGACCAAGAGUAAUUUUCUUCGUUGAAAUCUCCGGAACCAGCAGACUGAAUCCUCGAGUGGUGUGCGCUGUCGAGUCGGCCGCUAAAACCAAUCCAAAGGCAAAGGUUUUACUUGUUUUACCGCACCCCGUGCGAAUCCUCAACCUAGAUAUCAAUCGAGCGCUGGCAAAGGUUCUUGAAAAUUACUCUAACGUCAAAGUUGUCACCAUGGAUUCCACACAAGUCCUUUUGGAGUCAAACUAUAGAUCGGUGGUUGAGCUAAACAGGCACAGAGAUUCAAGCCAUCCAUUCGUUUACACAAGCGACUUUCUCCGCAAUCUACUGGUUCUCAUAUUUGGAGGAAUCUACUUUGACACUGACUUCAUAAUCAUGAAAGACCUCUCUUUCCUUUUUGAACAACAGAACUUCAUUCCAUACUCACCAAGUAGUGAUUUAAUCGGCAAUUACGCAUUUGGUUUCCGAAGGCAGCAUCCAUUGUUGCAAUUCGUCGUAGAAAAAGCUGCCAAACAUUUUGAUCCAAAAGUUUACAUAUCGGGGCUGUACGCCUAUGUAUCCGGCGUUUGCCAAUUUUACAAUUUGUCAAAAAUUCAGGAGGCUCGUGAAGCAAAAAAACCUUGGUGAUGUUCUCGUUUUGAAUAGCACGGUGCUAACCCCUCUCGACUACCCCCAGUUUCAAGUUUUCUUUCACGAAGGCCAAGCCAACCUCAUUGAUCAGUGGGCCAAAAGUUCACUUGCAAUUCAUACUUGGAACCAGAUGAGUAUCUUUACCAACACUCAUACAAAAUUGAAGCAAAACUCGACUGCCCCUUAUGCUGCUCUGGCUAGACGGUUCUGCCCAGUGACAUUUGCUAACUUUGGAGACCUAUUUUGACACUUUUUACUACAUAUAGAAAAUAAUAUACAAGUUUUUAUACCGUGUAGAUUUUAUAUAUCAU